UGGACUGAGCAAGGCGGAUGACAUCAUGAGCUAGGGAACAGUGAGCAGCCAGUGAAGCGUCCAGCCUGCCGAACAAGGCUGAGUUUAGGGUCAGGAACCGGUCUGACAAGAGAAUGGCAAUCCUGCCUGUAAACUGUCAAUAGGACUUAACAGUUAAGGAUGAACCUACCAGAACACUGGAUCCAAAGGCGACACACCGAACAAGAGAAUGUCAAGACAUAUUUCAGGAUACUGUGAGUGUUACUAAAGAUGUCCGAUAGUGUCGAUAUUGAAGAGAAACCGCCAGCCCCUCCCUUGAGAAUGAACAGUAGUUCCCGAGACUCUUCAUCAGUGAAUCACGGCUCCAAACCUCUCCCAAUGGCUCCUGAAGAGAAGAACAAGAAGGUUCGCCUGCGCUCCAUCUUCCCUGGAGGAGACAAGACAAACAAGAAGAAGGAGAAGGAGCGUCCUGAGAUCUCCCUGCCCUCAGACUUUGAGCACACCAUCCAUGUUGGUUUUGACGCUGUUACAGGGGAGUUCACUGGCAUCCCAGAGCAGUGGGCACGCCUCCUUCAGACCUCCAACAUCACCAAGCUGGAGCAGAAGAAGAACCCUCAGGCCGUGCUGGACGUGCUCAAGUUCUACGACUCCAAAGAGACGGUCAACAACCAGAAAUACAUGAGUUUCACCUCCGGAGACAAAUCCGCACAUGGAUACAUAGCAGUCAACACUCUGAACCGACUGCUGUCGUCUGGGCCUCCUGUCAGCCAUAGAACCUGCAGCGCAUUAUUUGACAAGGGUGCAAAGACAUCCACAGAGCCCCCGAUAGCGCCCCCUGUGUCAGAGGAGGAGGAGGAGGAGGAGGAAGAAGAGGAGGAGGAUGACGAUGAUGACAAUGAGCUUCCGCCCGUCAUCGCACCUCGACCUGAGCACACUAAAUCUAUAUACACCCGCUCUGUCAUCGAGCCCUUGGCGCCUCCCGCCCCUGUGAAGGAGGUCACAACCCCGCCGGAGUCCCAGGUCUUACCAGAGAACACAUCCAGCACUCUGUACCGCAACACAGACCGGCAGAAGAAGAAGUCCAAGAUGACAGACGAGGAGAUUCUGGAGCGACUGAGGAGCAUUGUGAGUGUGGGGGACCCCAAAAAGAAGUACACACGCUUUGAGAAAAUAGGACAAGGGGCAUCUGGCACUGUAUACACAGCCAUUGACAUUGCUACUGGCCAGGAGGUGGCCAUCAAGCAGAUGAACCUCCAGCAGCAGCCCAAGAAGGAGCUCAUCAUCAAUGAGAUCCUGGUGAUGAGGGAAAACAAAAACCCCAACAUAGUCAACUACCUGGACAGUUACCUGGUAGGGGAUGAGCUGUGGGUAGUGAUGGAGUACCUGGCUGGAGGCUCACUGACUGAUGUCGUGACUGAGACCUGCAUGGACGAGGGCCAGAUCGCUGCAGUCUGCAGAGAGUGUCUGCAGGCUCUGGACUUUCUGCACUCCAACCAGGUGAUCCACAGAGACAUCAAGAGUGACAACAUCCUGCUGGGCAUGGACGGCUCGGUCAAGCUCACCGACUUCGGGUUCUGUGCCCAGAUCACCCCAGAGCAGAACAAGCGCAGCACCAUGGUGGGCACGCCCUACUGGAUGGCACCCGAGGUGGUGACCCGCAAGGCCUACGGGCCCAAGGUUGACAUCUGGUCCCUGGGUAUCAUGGCCAUAGAGAUGGUGGAGGGUGAACCUCCCUACCUGAAUGAGAACCCUCUCAGAGCGCUGUACCUUAUCGCCACCAACGGGACUCCAGAGCUCCAGAACCCUGAGCGAUUGACCUCCGUGUUCAGAGACUUCCUCAACCGUUGCCUGGAGAUGGACGUGGACCGCAGAGGCUCAGCCAAGGAGCUCCUCCAGCAUUCGUUCCUGAAGUUAGCCAAGCCCCUGUCCAGCCUGAGCCCCCUGAUUGUUGCAGCCAAGGAAGCCAUCAAGAACAGCAGCCGCUAGGAGGCGCUGUGUGUCCACACACAGAGCUGGACCCUGCUCCAUGGGGUUGUGAGACAGGCAGCACAGGGAUAAACAGUAACCAACCCCCCCUGCUGCCUCAUACAGAGGAUGGACAGCUGGCCUACAGGGCCUCUCAGCGGCCGAGAUGCUGCUACUGAAUCACCUUCCUGCCUCCUCUUUUAGUCCGCCAGCAUUCUGUACAUGUGGAGCAGUCCAUCGGUACUGUGUAAGUGUGUGUGUGUGUGUACGUGUGUGUAUGUGCGUAAGCUUGUGUGUGUGUAAGGGUGUGUGUGUGUAAGUGUGUGUGUCCUGUGAGGGGAGUAGAUGCUCCUUAACAA